AUGAACCUGUUCAGGAAAGAUGCCAUGACCACAAAGAAGGACAAAGAGAAAGAGAUCCAGUAUGAGGAUCCUCCAGAUGGAGGUUGGGGCUGGAUGGUUGUGCUGCAUUGCUUCCUGGUAAACGUCCUUGUGAUGGGAACUCUGAAGAGCUUUGGGAUCUUCUUUGUGGCCUUCCAAGAUGAGUUUGGAGGCUCAGCAGAGAGCAUCAGCUGGAUCGGCUCCAUCAUGUCGAGUCUGCGUCUGUCUGGAGCACCUCUUGCCUCUGUGGCUUGUGCCAAGGUGGGCACCAGGGUGACCUCCAUCGUCGGGGCCGUGCUGGUUAGCGGAGGCUUCCUCAUGAGUAUUUUUGCCAACAACGUGGUAUUCCUCUACAUCAGCAUGGGAGUGAUAGUUGGAAUGGGUUUUGCACUACUAUACCAGUCCUUCUCAGUGGUCACAGCUCUGUACUUCCGAAAAAGGUUAGCAACAGCGUAUGCGAUCGGGCGCUCUGGGAUGGGACUAACCUUUGCUCUUGCGCCGUUCACUCAGCUGCUUCUGGACCAAUACGCUUGGCAAGGGGCGAUGCUGAUCCUCGGUGGUCUCAUGCUAAAUCUGGUGGCCUCUGGGAUGCUUCUCCGACCCAUCAAUGUGAAGCCGCCCGUCUCAAACCCUACCUCUUCUCCCAUCCAAAAGAGCCCCGCGAUUUCCCUCAAGAGCUCCGCAGAGAAGGAAUACUCCAAGAGCUGCUUUAGUGGCUCCUCUCACUUAACUAAUGGCGUCUCCAAAUCAGACUCUUUCCCAUCCCCUCCUCCUUCUCAAAAGGACGCUGAGAGUCAGGGGGGGCAGUGUACUCAGGGACCCCAGGACCAGCCAGUGAACCCUGAACUGACCAGGCUAGUCCUCAAUGGUGUGAAUGGCCACGAGCCCCACCAUGACGUGGGUCAGUGCAAACCCACAACUCCAGACAGCUCAGCGGAGCUCAACGGCAGCAUGAAUGGUUCCACCAUUGUUGGAUUUCCCUCACAUGCCAGCAUGCCGAGUGAGGUGGCUGUCAGAAAAACCAAAGUACUGGAUUUCUCCUUGCUGAAGGACCCGUUCUUUUGCAUCUACACUUGGUCCUUGGUCUUCAGUCAGCUGGCCUACUUCAUCCCAUAUUUCCACCUGUCUGCCCGGGCCAGAAACCUCGGCAUCGAUGCCAUGGAUGCUUCGUUUAUCAUCUCUGUGGCAGGCAUCACAGAGACCAUCGCCCAGUUGGCCUCGGGCUGGGUGACAGACAGGAACCUGUUCCAUAAAUAUCACUACCACAAAGCCUACCUGAUCCUCUGUGGUUUGGUCAACCUCCUCUCCCCGCUGGCAACCUCCUACAUCCUGCUGAUGGUCUACGCUGUCUUCUUCGCCAUCUUCUGUGGCGGCUACAUGGCUCUGCUGCUGCCUGUACUAGUAGAUCUCGUGGGGUCGGAGAAACUCAAUAACUCCAUGGGCUUCUCCAUGUUCUUUGUGGGCCUGGGCUGCCUCACAGGGCCUCCUUUGGCAGGGUUCCUGUACGACUACACUCAGACGUACGACUGUUCUUUCUACCUGGCUGGCCUCUGCUACCUGCUGUCCUCCCUCUCCCUGUUCAUGGAGCCGCUGGCUCAGCGCUGGAAGGCCCGGCAGAAACUGUCCUGCGCCAAGACGGCGGAAAGCAGCUGUAAGACCAAUGGCUGCUUCACCCCUGACCGCUUGCAGAACGGCGCUGUGUAGGAAUGAAAUCCGGGGAAGGCCUUCGAUCUUGAACCAACAUGCUCAUGACCACAGGCCUGCAUACCUCGGACCUCGGACUCCAGCUUAAAGUCGGGACCUUGACCAUUGGUUUCAGCAGGAGCGCAACACGCGCCCGAGGAACAGGCGGUUGUGACCGCAGCAACAUGACGUCUAAGAACAUACGAUAGCCGGGACGCUGGUGAAUAGAAGUUCAUACUGAACCUUUACAAAAGCCAAAAUUUUAGAGUUCUAUGACAUACUUUACCCCCUGUUCUUGUUCUUAUCAGAGGUUCGUGCAUCAGAACUGAGAAAACCGAUGCUCAGCACACAUAUUAACCAUAACUUAUUGAAAGAUAAACCAACUCCGGGUCCCAGUGCGACAACAAAACUCCACUGACUCUGCAGUGGUGUCCAUACUGCUCGGAACUGAGCUAUGCAGUCGAUCUCGAGAUCCAGUCCGCUACUAGUUUUUCUGCGACGACAUAAACAGAAGCACAUAUCCACGAAGACGUACAUUUCCACCUGAUGUCUUGGGAAGCCUUUACCUGUAUCUGUAAAACCUGUACUCACUGAUAUGCACUUUGGGCCAAGUUGUAAUUAUGCUGCAUGACAUUCUUCUCUUACCUUUAACUGCCAAGAUAGUUGAGAUACCGAGCAACCACAUAAUUACAGCCUGUUCAUGACACCAUGUGUAAUCUGUUAUACAAUGCCAAAAAGCCGUGAUUGCUCCAGUAGUAUCAGUAACAGAAAAAAAAACAAAAAACAUGUAACUAUUGUAGGCAUGUGCUAGCAUUUAACGGGUAUACUCACUUUCAGCGACGCACACGGAUAUUCUUGUAUUUUAUAUCUUUAUUAUUCUAUUAUGAACGCUUUCUGGUCUGCCAACUGUUGCAGCAUACUUUCAUAUGGACACACAAUUCAAUCUUUAAACUUAAAUCUGUUAAGAUUUUUUA